GGAGUGAGAGAGGAGCAGAUAAAGCCGGAGACGGAUCAUGAGCUCUGCACUGCCGUACGACUCGCUGUCCGCCCGGCCGAGUCCCAGCAGACACGCGUUGGACUGGGAGCGCCAGCAGCUCGCCGUGAGACGCCUCUCCUCUCCACGGAGUCUGGACCUCCUGUCCCCACCUCCUCUCCCCCGCCGGCCCUCCGCCAUCCCCGGCUACCUGCUGCCCUACCAGGAGCAGGAGGAGCAGCUCCAGCAGCAGCAGCAGCGCCUCUCCUUGUCCGUGUGCUCCGAAGCCUCCCUGGCGCCUCCUGCUCCUCCGGUGGUGGGCGCCGCCCCGCCCUGCUGCCGCCCGGUCGGGGUCAUGCACCUCCUGCGCCUGGCGCUCCUGGCCUUCAGCUGCCUCUUCUGGGCAGCCGGCCUGGCCAUCUUCACGCUGGGAGUGUGGGCUCAGAUUUCCCUGGCGGACUACAUGCUGCUGUCUGCCAACCGGUACCCCAACGCCCCGCUCAUCCUCCUCGCCACCGGUGCCGCCGUCACCGCCUGGGGCUUCCUGGGUUGUCUCGGCGUGGCGGCCAACCUGCCCGGCGUGCUCAGAGCGUACGGGUUCUUCCAGCUUGCUGCGCUGGUAGCCGGCUUGGCAGCCGGACUCUCAGGCCUCUUCUAUCGUGAAGACAUCGCUGGAGGAUUUCGUAGCGGCUUACAGCGAGCGGUGGCCGGCUACACCGAGGACGAAGGCCGUGCCGAUGCGUUAGACAGCCUGCAGAGGGCGCUAGAGUGCUGCGGAGCCGAGGGUUGGCGUGACUGGCUGACUUCGGACUGGGCGAUCCAGCACAUGAGCUUCCUGCCCAACGAGAACGGCACCUCGGUGUCGCUGCCGGACAGCUGCUGCGUGAGACGCAAAGGCUGCAGGAACCGCCCUCUCCUGUCAGACGACGCUGAGGGCGUGGCAGCUGCAGGGAUCCAUCCUCGCGGCUGCUUCCGCAAAGUCUUCAGUUUGGUCAACGGCAACGUCUUCCAUAUUGCCGCCACUGUGUUGGGACUGGCCUUCACCCAGAUCGGAGGCAUCGCUCUGGCAUGUCUGCUGGCCAACAAACUGGCACCAAGGCAACAUCGCCGUGUGGUGGCACAUUAAUAUGAGUUUACCUUCAUCACGGACUGGCCAUAUGUAGAUAAUACGGAUUGGGAAUGAAAUAUGUGUAUGAGUAACAGAUAUGCAAAGUGUUGGGAGUUAUUUUGGACGUUUAGGUUUGGGGGAUUAAAAGUCAAUAUUGGUGUUUCCAUUCAACUGUCAAGUUUGCCUGAAGCAAACCUUGAAGUUCUACUUGAAUGUGGUAUGAUCGGCUACGUAUGGUUAUAAUCUACCAGGAUACAAAGCAUCAUUACUCAGAAACUUUGCUUAAUGAAUUACAGGUAAUGGUUAUUCCAUAAACCUGUAGCAUCAUUAAAUUAUCCAAAAGACUUCAUUGUUUCUAUGUUGAAAAACGUUAAAGAGAUCAUUACAAGAAAAUGGAAAUUAAGUAAUAAAAAAAGACUUGAGAAAACACCAACUCCUCACACUUUGCAACUCUUCUACACUCGUUUAUCUGACUCUGUCUUCUGCACAAUUUUACAAAAUGCUUCUUUGAUUCAAUAGGUGAAGGGAAAGGGUUCAGGCUUGGUGGUUACCCGAGAUAGCAGAGAUGGUUAAGGUUAGGCAUUGACCUCAAUGGUUAAGGUUAGGCUUUGAACUCUAAGGAUAAGGUUAGGCACUGAUUAAGGUUCGGCAUUGAACUCAAUGGUUAAAGUUAGCAUUGACCUCAAAGGAUAAGGUGAGGCUUUGAACUCAACGGUUAAGGUUACACAUUG